AUGAACAUGGGGCUGAAGAUAGUAAGGGAAGGAAAUGAGUACUACCUUGUCCAUCAAGGUGAAAUUCAACGAUAUUUGAGUUCAAGAAGACAGCUAGAGAGAGGAAAUAGUAGCAGUUUAGUUAGCUCGGGAAAAGGCCUUGCAGGACCUUUGGAAGAAGAGGAACCUUGCAUGGGGAUUCUGGACCGAAUCCUUUUCUUCAUUGGGGACUUGGAAGCUGCUUCGGUAUGCGCCAAGCGAAGCCGGGUGUUGUAA